AUGGCCGUUCAGAGAAUACUUCCCCCUAAGUUCACCCCCGCCUCUCACGACAUGGGAGUGCUCGCCACUUCAUGGAGAGAAUACAGGGACGAACUAGAUCUAUAUUUCCUUGCUAGUGGGCAAGGAACAGCAGCACAGAAACAGAAGGUGUCCCUCUUGCUGUAUCAAAUGGGGAAGCAGUACAUGAAAGUGUUUCAAAAUGAACUGGUGUUCGAAGCAGACGCUGACAAGGACAAGUACGACAAGGUCUGCUCAGCGUUUGAUAAGAACUUUGAACCAAAGAAACUGGUUAAAAGCCACAUUACCAAGUUUCAAAAGCGGAUGCAGGCCAGCAAUGAGACAAUUUCAGAUUAUAUCACUGACCUGCGUCGCCUAGCGAAAUUGUGUGAAUUCGGUGACAAAGAGGACCGAAUGAUGUCUGUUCAGAUUUCUAACGGUGUCAAAGACGAAGUAUUAAGGAAGAAGCUGUGGGACGAGGAUCUGACGUUGCAGCAAACGAUUGAAAAGUGCCAGACAUUCGAACUACGUGCUGAAAGUGCAGGGUUGUUUAAAAAGCAUAACAACACUGCUGGUGAUAAGGAAGUGAACGCAGCCUAUCGUGGGCGUGGUGGUAGUCGAUCUAGAUCACGGGGUCGCGGGUACACAAACUAUCCCCGUGGAGGUGCCACUGCGAGUCAACAUCAUGGACGUGGACGCUCAACCCCAAGAGUAGCUCAGCAACGCGGGUAUGGUCGUGGACGUCGCAGCCACAGCCAAAAUCAGUAUCAUGGGUCAUGCCAAAAGUGUGGUCGUCAACAUGCCCCUAGACAGUGUCCAGCCUAUGAUCAACAGUGUAGACAUUGCCACAUGUAUGGUCAUUUCGAGAGAAAGUGCUUGAAAAAGAACGUGUGUUUCAUCGAUGGUGAAUGUGACUAUGAUGAAGAACAGUCAUGGUCAUAUGAUUAUGAGCCCACUGAGGAGAUGGACUCCCUCCACAUAUACUCUAUCAAGACUAGAUCAACUACUAGAGACAGUGCUGGUGAUACUUGGACUGUACUGCUGCAUACUCCCUAUGAAAAUGGACGUGGUGCCAUUAGAAUGAAAAUAGAUACACAGGCUCAUUGCAACACCAUGUCCAAAACCUCUUUUGACAGAAUGCAACAGCAUGGUCACCUGCAGCUCAAGUCCACAGCAUCUACCAUCACUGCCUUUGGUAACACUACUGUAGUGCCUGUUGGCAAAACAACAUUUGAUGUCAUCAUGAAGGGUGAAACACACUCAAUUGAGUGUGAGGUUGUACCUGGCAAUGUGCCAAAUCUUCUUGGUGCAAAGGAUAGUGAAAGGUUAGGCCUAGUGAAGCGUGUAUUCCAUGUCAGAGACCAGCCAUUGUUUGAUGACAAAUUCCUGAAGCGCAUUUCAAAUGUUGAGAAAGUACCAGAACCUAUCUUGAAGGUACUUAGGGACUUUCCAGACAGGUUUCCUGAUGAAAGGGUUGGCAAGCUACCUGGUGAGUUUCAUCUGUCCAUUGAUCCAGAGUACAAAGAUGGUCCAGUGUCAUAUGGUAGUAGACCUAUACCAGCAGCUCUGAGAGAUAUGACCAAGAAACAAAUAGAUUUCCUAGAGAGUAAUGACAUUAUUUCCAAGGUACCACCCGGUGUCCCAACACCCUGGUGUAGUCAACUGCAUGUAGUGCAUAAGAAGGAUGGCAAGUCAGUACGCGUGUGUAUAGAUCCAAAGUUCUUGAAUAAGGCUUUGCUCAGAGAGACCCAUCCUAUUAGAACACUUGAAGAUGUACUCACUCAGGUUCAGGGUAGCAAGUACUUUUCAGUACUUGAUGCUAAUCAAGGUUUCUUCCAGCUACAGUUGGACUAUGAGAGUCAACUGCUUACUUGCUUCUCUACCCCUUGGGGGCGCUACAUGUACAAACGUCUUCCUAUGGGUGUCAAGUCUGCUCCAGAGAUAUACCAACGGGCUAUAGAAGAAAUGUUCGCUGGGAUGGAAAACUUCGCCAAUAUCUUCGAUGAUAUUUUGUUGCACACAGGUGACAUUGAGCACCAUUGUAAAGUACUGAGGAAAACACUAGAGACAGCACGUGAAAACGACUUGACGUUCAGGUUGAGUAAGUGCAUGUUCGCGCAGCCAGAGGUAGAUUACACUGGUCAUGUUUUGACUGAUGAAGGUGUGACUGUGUCGCCAGAGAAGGUUCGAGCCAUUGUUGAACUUCCUGAGCCUACUUGUAAAGAAGAAGUGCGUACAUUGUUAGGAAUGGCCACAUACUUGUCCAAGUAUAUUCCUAACUUCUCUGAUGUGACAAGUGACUUGAGAGAGGUUGUCAAAAAGAGACAAGAUGGCAAAGGGUCUGAAGAGCCAUUUUACUUUGAUGAGCCACAGCGACAAGCUUUGAAGAAGCUCAAAGCGGCUUUGAUACAAGCCCCGGUCAUGAGUUACUACUCCAAGAUUGAGCCGAUAGUGGUUUCUUGCGAUGCCUCGUUGGGGGGCCUCGGUGCGGUCUUGAUGCAACAUGACCACCCUAUAGCAUAUGCAUCUAAAACCCUGACUCAGACUGAACGAGCAUAUGCACAGAUUGAAAAAGAGCUUCUGGCCAUAGUGUUUGCUUGUAGGAAAUUUCACCACCUACUGUAUGGCAGAAAUGACAUCACAGUAGAGACAGACCAUUUGCCUCUUGUCCACAUCAUUGAGAAACCCUUGGGACAAGUUCCCUUGAGAUUACAGAAGAUGUUGUUGAAAUUGCAACCAUACAGUUUCAAACUGAUAGGAAAGUCAGGGAAAGAUAUUCCUGUUGCUGAUUGUCUGAGCCGAGCUCCAUUGAAAGAUUGUCACUACAGAGGCCUAGUUGAUGACAUGCAUGACUACCAAGUCUGUGCUAUGGAGAUUCCUACUGUACAUGCUUUCUCUGAUUCCAAACUGAAGUUGUUGAAGACAAAUACUGAGAAUGAUGCUGAGUUGCAGAAGUUGCGAAACCAGGUUGUCAAAGGUUGGCCUGAUGACAGAGCCAAGGUAGAAAAUGUUCUGAAGCCAUACUGGGACUAUAGGGCAGAGAUCACUGUGUAUGAUGGUAUCCUUUUCAAAGGAGAGCGAGUCAUUGUACCCAAGCAGAUGCAUAAGAACAUGGUAGAGUUGAUACAUAGUUCGCAUCAAGGGAUUGUCAAAUCAAAACAGCUGGCUAGAGACGUUCUGUUUUGGGUUGGAAUGAACAAGCAGAUUGAAGAAGCUGUAAGCAAAUGUCCAUUGUGCCAAGCCAGUAGAAGUCAACAGCAGAAAGAGCCUUUGAUGAGCACUCCUGUGCCAACUCUACCAUGGCAGUCUGUUUCAUCAGACUUGUUUGUACUAGAUGAUGAUUUCUAUCUUGUGACUGUAGAUCACUAUUCUGGGUAUUUUGAAGUGGAUGAACUGAAACCUGAUCAUAGUGCACCUGUUGUCAUAUCCAAACUGAAAAGAGUCUUUGCCACCCAUGGCAUCCCCAGGACUUUGUAUUCUGAUCCUGGCUCGGAGUACACUAGUCGUGAUAUGAAAGAUUUCAAUACCCAGUGGGGGUUUGAAAUCAAGGCAUUCAGUGCUAAGAAUCCACAGGCAAAUGGCCUAGCAGAAAAGUCAGUUCAGAUUGCUAAAAACAUGCUGAAGAAGUGUAGGCAAGAUGGCACAGAUUUUCAGUUGGCUUUGUUGGACUAUAGGAACACCCCUAGAGACAAUGUCUUGGGUUCCCCUGUACAAAGGUGUAUGGGACGAAGGACACAGACUAGAUUGCCUACAAAUCCGUCACUGCUGAAGCCUAAAUUGUUGUCCCCAAAGCAAGUGACUGGCAGGUUGCAAGAAUGUAAAGCCAGAAACAAGGUACACUAUGACAAGCAUGUGAAACCACUUCCAAACUUGACUAGAAAUAAUACUGUGAGGUACAGAACUGGUAAAACCUGGACACCAGCCAAAUUUGUGUCUGAGGCUGAUGGUCCAAGGUCAUACAAGUUGGUCACACCCUCUGGCAAGACCAUGACACAUUCUGAGAACGAGAGAAUCUGGAAUCUAUGA